AUGGAAUCUUCAACACCCUCCAGACGAACAGCACGAACAAAGAAACCCAGUUUAAAAGCACUAGAAUCUCUUUAUUCCCUUAAAAUACAAAAUUCAGGUAUUGUGCAAGUUAUAGACAGCGAUGAUGAAUCCGAAGAUGAAAUAAAUAUAGAAAAUAUAGACGUAGAUGUAAAGAAGCCGAAAGUGAUGCAUGAAAAUGAGGUUGUCCAUGGAGAAGAUAUAUUUACUUUCCAAAAAAGAAAGAACAGAGAAGCACUUGCUCAAAAAGUAGCUGAAGCGUGUGAUUUAAAAACUCCUAAGCAUGUUCGUACAAAAACAAAAAGUAGGAUAGCAAAAAUGAUAAAAGAGGAUAGUGAAAGUGAAUUUGAAGUCUCCUCUGAAGAGUCUGAGAGUAGUAGUUGCAGUAAUGAAAGUGAAGACAGUUCUGGCUCAGAUUCUGAUGAUAAAAAUACAAAGGAUAUUAAAAACAAAAAGAUGAUAUUCAAGGAAGCUAAUUUACAAACCACACAAACUAGGAGCAGAAACUAUCAUAUUAAAACAGAUGAGUACUUCGAAAAAACAUCAUCUAAGAAAAUAGAAACUUCAAAUAAUACCCUUGAAAGAUUAGAGACUCCAAGACUGCCCCAAUAUCAACUUCAAAAGUUAUUACACAGAGUUUCUCUUUCAAAUCAACACGUUGAGGCAAUACAAAAAUUAAGAAAAGCUAAUGAAAAUUAUUUUACGAAAUGGCUUUACUUUUUAAAUGAAAAUUUUAAUAUACUUUUAUAUGGAUUAGGAUCUAAGAGAAAUAUUAUCAGUCAGUUUCAAAGUUCAUACAUAAGAAGUCAACCUGUCAUUGUUGUAAAUGGUUAUUUUCCUAGUAUUAAUAUUAAAAGUGUAUUAGAUGCAAUUUUGGAUCUGUUAGAGAUUGAAGAUAUCCCUGGGAAUCCUAUAGAAGCUUGUGAUUUAAUAAUAAGUGAAUUCCAAAAAAUUCCUGAUAGCUGUCUAUAUAUAAUUAUACAUAAUAUUGAGGGUGAGACGUUAAGAAAUGGAAAAACACAGAAUAUUCUUGCCAAAUUAGCGUCUAGUAAAAAUAUACAUUUUAUAGCUUCCAUAGAUCACAUCAAUGCUCCCUUAAUAUGGGAUCACAACAAACUCAGUAAGUUUAAUUAUAUUUGGUGGGAUGUUACAUCGUUUGCAACUUAUGAGGAAGAAACUUCAUUUGAACAGUCUAUGAUGGUACAACAAAGCAGCACAUUGGCUCUAUCAUCUCUACGGAAUGUUUUUGCUUCUCUAACUUCCAAUUCUAAAAGUAUUUAUAAUCUAAUAGUUACACAUCAGAUAGAAAAUGGCAAGUCUCAGUACUACCAGGGACUAGCAUUCAAGGAUUUAUACCAGAUGUGCAGAGAAGCCUUCAUAGUCAGCUCGGAUUUGGCGUUGAGGGCCCAACUUACUGAAUUUGUUGACCACAAGAUGCUUAAAAUGAAGAGAUCUGUUGAUGGGACUGAGUAUUUGGUGAUUCCAUUAGCCAGUACAUUGCUGCAGAAGUUUUUAGAUGAAAAUCAGUAA